AUGAUUGAGGUGAUGAUUGGUGGUCAGUUGGUGAAGGAGUGGAUGGUGUGGUUGUCUGUAUGGAGUGUCCAAAAUCCGGGUCAGUUCUUGUAUACGGUUCUCAUAAUACUGUCGCCAUUCUUCUGCAUCAGUGCUUACCUGUCGUGGAAACUAUCGAAACAUAUAGAGACUGAGAACCGGAAGAAUAGACUGAAGAAUAAACGGAUCGAUAAUAUUAAACAGCGAAAGAAACACAAAUAG